AUGGCCCAGCUGCUCCUGCUGCCCCUCCUGGUGGCCAGCGCGGCGUCCCCGGCGUCAUCUCCCCCUUCAUCAUCAUCAUCCUCAUCAUCCUCGUCCCCCCCCGCCCCGUCGUGCCCGCGGCGCUGCCAGUGCCAGAGCGUGUCCCCCUCCUUCACGGUGCUCUGCGCCAAGACGGGGCUGCUCUUCGUGCCGCCCGCCCUGGACCGGCGCACGGCCGAGCUGCGCCUGAUGGACAACUUCAUCAGCGCCCUGCGGCGCCGCGACUUCGCCAACAUGACGGGGCUGCUGCACCUGACGCUGUCGCGCAACGCCAUCAGCCAGAUCGCCCCGCUGGCCUUCGCCGACCUGCGGGGCCUCCACGCGCUGCACCUGGACGGCAACCGGCUGACGGCGCUGGGCGACGAGCACCUGCGCGGGCUGGUCAACCUGCGGCACCUCAUCCUCAGCAACAACCAGCUGAGCCGCGUCUCGCCCGGCUCGCUCGACGACUUCGUGGACACCAUCGAGGACCUGGACCUGUCCUACAACAACCUGGCCGAGGUGCCGUGGGCGGCGGUGGCGCGGCUCUCCAACGUCAACACGGUGAGCCUGGACCACAACCUGAUCGAGGCGGUGCCCGAGGGCAUCUUCUCCAACCUGCGCAAGCUGGCGCGGCUCGACGUGACGUCCAACCGGCUGAAGAAGAUCCCGCCCGACCCGCUGUUCUCGCGGGGGCCGGUGUACGCCCGGCCCCGGGGGUCGCCGCCCCAGUCGCUGGUGCUGGGCUUCGGCGGCAACCCCCUGCACUGCAACUGCGAGCUGGUGUGGCUGCGGCGCCUGGCGCGCGACGACGACCUGGAGACGUGCGCCUCGCCCCCCGAGCUGGCCGGCCGCUACUUCUGGUCCAUCGGCGAGCACGAGUUCGUCUGCGAGCCCCCCAUGAUCACCCACCGCACGCCGCGCCUGGCGGCCGCCCAGGGCCGCGCCGCCUCGCUCAAGUGCCGCGCCGUGGGCGACCCCGAGCCCUCGGUGCGCUGGAUCGGCCCCGACGGGCGGCUGGUGGCCAACAGCAGCCGCGCCACCUCCUACGCCAACGGCACGCUGGACAUCCGCGCCGCCGCGCCCGCCGACGGCGGCACCUUCACCUGCAUCGCCUCCAACGCCGCCGGCGAGUCCACGGCGCCCGUGGAGCUCGUGGUGACGCCGGCGGCGGCGGCGGCGCCGGGGAACGGCAGCGAGGGGUGCGAGGAGGAGAAGGACGGGGAGGGGGCGCAGCCCUCGGACAUCCUGACCCCUGCCAAGGCCGAGGGGAGCCGGGAGAGGCCGGAGAGGGGGAAGGAGGAGGAGGAGGAGGAGGAGGAGGAGGAGGAAGGGGCGGUGGUGGUGGUGGAGGAGCUGACGGCGACGUCGGCGCUGGUGAAGUGGCGAGGAGGCCGAGGGAGGGCCCAGCCCGAGCUCAGGAUGUACCAGAUCCGCUACAAUUCCUCGGCAGACGACGUGCCCGUCUACAG